AUGGUGUCCUUUCAAUGCGAGGGUUGUGGUGAUGUCCUCACCAAAAAGAAACUCGACCCUCACCGCGGUCAAUGUCGUGGCGCGACCUUUACGUGCAUUGAUUGUAUGGUCCACUUCUACGGAACCGAUUACAGAGCCCACACGUCAUGCAUGACUGAAGACCAAAAGUACCAAGGCGCGCUAUACAAAGAGAAGCCAGCCAAGAAUAAAAAGGGCCAGAACAACCCUAACAACCAGAAUGCGAAACCAAAUCAGCGCAACCAGCAGGCCCGCGUGGAGGAUGCGCCUCCCACGGCUGACGCCAUGGCCGACAACGGCAAGGCCGUCAAUGUGUUUGAUUAUUUGGUCACCGACGAAACACCCAACGCGUCCAAGGCUUCGCUCGUGCCUCCCAAGGAGCAGAUGACAAUGGUCGCCGAGGCCCGUUCUCUGUUUGAACCCAGCACCGCUCUUGCCAAUCCCGAUGCCAAGACCGACGAUGAAGGUAAUUACGAUAUUGCCUACGAAGAAAACGGCUUUUCAUAUGGCGCCGAUCCUAUCCCCCUUUCCAUAUAUCCCAACAAUGGUCCUAAUCUUUCGACAGAAUUCGUCACUCCAGCACCCAAGAAGAAGAAGGAUCGCCGCAAGGAGGAGAAGCGCGAAUCUGGCUCCGUCAGCGAGAAGAAGCGCAAGCGCGGCAGAGAGAACUCUCUCAGCCCGCAACAGGAUAUCGAUACUCCCAUGAUGGAUGUCCCGUCAAGUGUUGUCAACAACGCCGGUACCCCCAUGCUCAACCAUUCCGGCCUUACCGGUGGAUUGAACCGGAUGAUGCGCUCGCCCUCGCACGAAAUGGAUGACACCCCGGCCCACAGUAACCGGGCUUACAAGGACGCCUCGUCGCCCAUCAAGCGUAGCCGACGCAGCACAAAGGAGGUCAACGGUAGUGGUGACGCCGGCCUGGGAAUCUCGAUCAAGAACCGUGCUGGGCGCCUCGUGUCUUCCAUGUUCGGUGGUACCGGCUCUGUGGUCUCAGCCAGCAGUGGAGGCCAUGAAAAUGGAUCUCGUGAAGCUAUUCGCCGUGGCAGCGCUUCCAGCGGUGAGAUGCAACUGGAAGUCCGUAAGAAGAAGUCUCACCGCUCGCGUAACGAAUCCGACAAUCACGAUGAGAGUCGCAAGUCUAAACGCAAGAGCUCCAAUCCCACCGAUGGUGACCGUCCUCCCCGCCGCCUCAAGCAGGCGGAUGAAUCUCCCCGCCGCGAAAGCCGUCAGGUCACUGUUUACCAGCACUCCAAGCCCCCGGCUCGCGCAGACGACGUCAUGCAACGCGAAAUGGCAUCUCAUUUCCUUUCGCUCGUCUCCCGUGACAGCGAGCGUGGCUGCUCCAUCAACAAGGCCCUGAAGCGUUUCCACCGCGACUUCUCUGCUGAGUAUGACGAUGACCGGGGUCGUGAUAAUGGACGAAGCGGCGCUGACCGUGAGCGUCGCAGCGAGGAUGAGAAGGAUCUCUGGCGUGCUUUGCGGUUGAGACGCAAUGACCGGGGUGAGAUUGUUGUAUUUGUCUAA